AUGGGACAAGGGCCAUCAGGUAUGCCAGGAGGUAAUAACCUCAACAAAAAGAAGGAUGAUAAGAAGAAGGAAAAGCCAAAGUACGAACCACCAGUUGAAUCAAGAUUUGGUAAAAAGAGAAGAAAAGGUCCUGAUACUGCUGUGAAAUUACCUAGCGUAUACCCAAGCACUCGAUGCAAGUUGAGGUUAUUAAAGUUGGAAAGAAUAAAGGAUCAUUUGUUGUUGGAAGAAGAAUUGGUUUUGAAUCAAGAAGCUUUCCAACCAACAGAGGCAAGACAAGCUGAAGAGAGAGAAAAGAUUGACGAAUUGAGAGGGUACCCUAUGGCAAUUGGUACACUAGAGGAGAUCAUAGAUGAUGACCAUGCAAUUGUCUCCAGUACUGCUAGCUCUGAGUACUAUGUUCCCAUCAUGUCAUUUGUUGAUAAAGGGUUGUUGGAACCUGGUUGUUCGGUUUUAUUGCAUCACAAAACUGUGGCUGUUGUAGGGGUGUUGCAAGACGAUGCUGAUCCGAUGGUUUCAGUGAUGAAACUAGACAAGUCACCAACGGAGUCAUAUGCCGAUAUUGGAGGUUUGGAGUCGCAAAUACAAGAAAUCAAGGAAUCGGUUGAGUUGCCGUUGACGCACCCAGAGUUGUAUGAAGAAAUGGGUAUCAAACCACCGAAAGGUGUCAUAUUGUAUGGUGCACCAGGUACAGGUAAGACGUUGUUGGCUAAAGCGGUUGCCAAUUCUACAUCAGCCACGUUUUUGAGGAUAGUGGGGUCUGAAUUGAUUCAGAAAUAUCUCGGUGAUGGUCCCAGAUUAGUGCGUCAGAUUUUCCAAAUUGCAGCAGACCAUGCACCUUCCAUUGUGUUCAUAGAUGAGAUUGAUGCUAUUGGAACAAAGCGAUAUGAGUCGACUUCGGGAGGUGAACGAGAAAUUCAAAGAACGAUGUUGGAGUUGUUGAAUCAAUUGGAUGGAUUCGACGAUAGAGGUGAUAUCAAGGUUAUCAUGGCUACAAACAAGAUUGAAAGUCUUGAUCCUGCAUUGAUUAGACCAGGUAGAAUAGAUCGAAAGAUACUUUUUGAAAACCCCGAUUCCAACACCAAAAAGAAGAUUUUGACAAUCCAUACAUCCAAGAUGAAUUUGGCUGCCGAUGUUAAUUUGGAUGAAAUUGUCACUGGUAAAGAUGAUUUGUCGGGUGCUGAUAUCAAGGCUAUUUGUACAGAAGCUGGGUUAUUGGCAUUGAGAGAAAGACGUAUGCAAGUAAAAGCUGACGAUUUCAAACAGGCUAAAGAGAGGGUUUUGAAGAACAAGGUUGAGGAGAAUCUCGAAGGUUUAUAUUUGUAG